AUGCCUGUGAUGAAGGGAUUAUUGGCGCCGCAGAACACGUUUCUGGACACUAUAGCAACACGGUUUGAUGGCACUCACAGCAACUUCAUCCUGGCCAAUGCUCAGGUGUCGAAGGGUUUUCCCAUCGUCUACUGCUCUGAUGGCUUCUGUGAGCUCACAGGCUUCUCCCGGGCUGAGGUCAUGCAGAAGAGCUGCGCCUGUAAGUUCCUGUACGGACCGGAGACCAGCGAAAGCAUCAUCCUCAGCAUCGACGGCGCCCUGGAGGAGCGCAAGGAGUUUAAGGACGAGAUCAUGUUCUACAAAAAGACAGCUGUGCUGUUCUGGUGCCUGCUGGACAUCGUGCCAAUUAAGAACGAGAAAGGAGACGUGGUUCUCUUUCUGGCUUCGUUUAAGGACAUCACCGACACCAAAGCCAAAGCCAUCCAAGAGGACAAGAAAGAAGAGCGACGGCGCGGCAGGGUGAAAACAGGCUCUCCAUUCAGCUCAGCUCGCAUGCGGAGCAGUACAGUGCUGUACCACAUCUCUGGUCACCUCCACAGCAGAGAGAAGAGCAAGAUUAAACUCAACAAGAAUGUGUUCGGGGAUCCGCCUGCUCUGCCAGAGUACAAGGUAGCAGAUGCCAAGAAGUCCAAAUUCAUCUUACUUCACUACAGCACGCUCAAAGCUGGUUGGGAUUGGCUGAUUCUACUUGCCACAUUCUACGUCGCCGUGACGGUGCCCUACAAUGUGUGCUUCAUCGGUGAUGAUGAUGACCUGACCCGCAGCACAACUGUCAGUGAUAUUGCAGUGGAGAUACUGUUCAUCAUAGAUAUUGUUUUUAAUUUCCGCACAAGUUACGUCAGCAAGUCGGGCCAGGUGAUCUUUGACGCUCGACAGAUCUGCAUCCAUUACCUGACCACAUGGUUCAUCAUCGACCUGGUGGCCGCGCUGCCCUUUGACCUGCUCUAUGCCUUCAAAGUCAGCGUGGUGUCUGUGGUCCACCUGUUAAAAACGGUACGUCUGCUGCGUUUGCUGCGGCUGCUCCAGAAGAUGGACCGCUACUCGCAGCACAGCACCGUGGUCCUGACGCUGCUGAUGUCCAUGUUCGCCCUGCUGGCACACUGGAUGGCCUGCAUCUGGUACAUAAUCGGCAAGAUGGAGAUGGAGGCCAACGCCUACAACUGGGAUAUCGGAUGGCUCCAUGAGCUGGGGAAGCGCCUGGAGUCGCCGUACUACGGCAUCGGAGGUGUGAACGGGACCGGCAGCGGCCUCUCCAUCCGCAGCGUCUACGUCGCCUCACUCUACUUCACCCUCAGCAGUCUGACCAGCGUGGGCUUCGGCAACGUGUCAGCCAACACCGACACCGAGAAGAUCUUCUCAAUUUGCGUCAUGCUUAUCGGAGCGCUGAUGCACGCCUUGGUCUUUGGUAAUGUGACAGCCAUUAUCCAGAGGAUGUACUCACGCUGGUCCCAGUACCACACCAGAACCAAAGACCUUAAGGACUUCAUACGUGUCCACCAUCUGCCACAGAGCCUCAAACAGCGAAUGUUGGAGUAUUUUCAAACGACCUGGUCGGUCAACAACGGCAUCGACUGUAACGAGCUUCUGAAGGACUUCCCGGACGAGCUGCGAUCCGACAUCACCAUGCACCUUAACAAGGAGAUCCUGGAGCUGUCGCUGUUUGCCUCUGCCAGUCGCGGCUGCCUGCGCUCCCUGUCGCUGCACAUCAAGACCUCCUUCUGCGCUCCCGGAGAGUACCUCCUCCGACAGGGCGACGCUCUCCAGGCCAUCUUCUUCGUCUGCUCGGGGUCCAUGGAGGUGCUGAAAGAUGGCAUGGUGCUGGCCAUCCUGGGUAAAGGCGACCUGAUCGGGGCGAACCUGUCCUUAGAUGACCGAGUGAUAAAAACCAAUGCGGAUGUGAAAGCCCUGACCUACUGUGACCUGCAGUGUAUUAACCUGAAGGGGCUGUACGAGGUGCUGGACCUCUACCCUGAAUACUCGCACCACUUCGUCCAGGACAUCCAGCAGGACCUCACAUAUAACUUGAGGGAGGGACACGAGACACAUGUUAAGGCCAGACUGUCUACAACAGCUCUAGAUACUCAGUCAGGGGCGGGAAGGAACGGACGAGUGGUUCAGGGAUAUCCGCCCAUCGUCGAGGCACAGGGGCGACAUGAGGAAGAGGACGAGGAGGAGGAAGACGAGGCCACGUCUGUACUUCUGUCCUCAGAGCGGAGCCAGCCGGCGGACCUCAGGGACACGGCUGGGAAGUCUCCACUGAGCCAGAAGACCACGGGACAGAGCUCCGGGAGGUCUCGGAGGAAGAUCCAGGAAAUUACUCUCACCACGUUAGACCCCUCCAACCUCAGCCCCAGGAUAGUGGACGGUACUGAAGACAGUGAGGGGACGGAAAGUUCCCUGGCCUUCUCCUUCUCUACCAGCCAAAGCUGUCCCGUCAACGAACCAACCAGUGCCUCAGCAUCUGCCACAGAUAUGCUGCAGAUCAGCACAGCGGAGCUAGCAGCUAAAGCAGAGGAGACCAGAGGACAACUGCAACGCCUCGACCAGCAGGUGAGCACCCUUGGGAGGGAAGUGUCCGACCUUGGACAAGUCAUGAAGAGAAUGGCCCAACUCAUGGAGACCCUCAUGUCAUCUGUGCCACAGCCGACAGUAGUCUGCCCCACGCACUACUCCCCAGCACACCACACAUUCCACACGCCCCGUCCUAACCCCCCUCAGUCUUACCCUUCACCAUCCUCCUCUCAGACUGCCUCCAUCUGGAUGGACACGCCCAUGUCAUUGCCCUCUUCUCCCGCCAUUAUCCCUCAGCAGCAUGGUGCGAUGUGCCACAAGGACUCCCAAAUGCAUAGACCCCAGGACCUGCAGCUGGGGCACCCUGCUAUACCCAGCUCAUCUUUACUUCCAGCUCCAAACUCAUCAGUCCUUCAAUUACAGCCCAUCAUCGCAGAGCCUCACCUGCCUUCCUCCCCCCUCAGCUCACCAGAGAUUUCCCACUACAAAGACGGGGUUUCUGGCUCCAUCAGGUCAAGGGUACACAGUUCCCCCCCGCGGGAUGGGGGAGAUGAGGGCCACCAGAGCUCUGGGUGUUCUCCACCAACUGGACUUGGGGGGAACUACCACAACCCAACCAAGGGUUUGUAG